UUCAUCUUAUUUCCAGAGAUACAGUCUUUCACUUGUUCCUCUGUCUAGACUGGCUCGAACAAGAUCUGCUGUUGCAACCCUCCUGCCGCUGUCACGGGGGUUACGUGCACCUAUAUAUCUGCCUUUCAUAUGAGCUUGUUAGGGAUUUGAAUUCGGGUCCUCGUGAUUGUGAAGGGAGCACUUUACUUACUGAGCCAGACAGACGAGCGUUCUGAUGGCGUGGUUGGUUCCUAGAUUAAACUUCAAUAACAGGGUUUUUUUAAUUGUUGUUGUUAAGUAUAUAUGUAGAGAUGUGUUGUGAUAUUUGUAGAUAUUUGGGACCAGACAUGAGGUUGCCAGUGUUUCUUUAUGUUUAGACCCUUCCUAAAGAUUCAGUAAAUUCUACUGAUUGGGACACGGGAGGGCUACUGUGAUUUUGAGACCUGUCUGUUCUAAUUAGUGACUUUGAGACCCAAACAUAGCCCAACAGUGUCUUUAAGACGAUAACACAACCCCUUGAAAAGUCCACUGUCCCUAUCCUGUCCUAAAAGAUAGGAUUUAACCACCAGAAAGGGAAGGUCAUAAUAACAUAAAAACAGAGGAUACAUUUAGUAUUAUGAACAAUGCUAUUAUAUUGUCCUAGUUUCUCCUUAGGUUGUCACAGGCCAGUGAAACCGUGACUAACCCCAGUGCCAAAUCAAAGACCAUUUUGGAUCUCCAGAGUGACUGCUCAUGCUAAACUGGAGAGAGAAGAUGUUUUCCCGGUUAAGAGCUGUUACCACUCCUUGCACUUUGACCUGCCGCAGAGUGCACCUGAAGGAGAAGGGCAAGCCACUCAUGUUGAAUCCAAGAACAAACAAGGGGAUGGCGUUUACAUUACAAGAACGACAAAUGCUUGGUCUUCAAGGACUUUUACCUCCUAAAAUAGAGACACAGGAUAUUCAAGCCUUACGAUUCCAUAGAAACUUGAAAAAAAUGACUAGCCCUUUGGAAAAAUACAUCUAUAUAAUGGGCAUACAAGAAAGAAACGAGAAACUGUUUUAUAGAAUACUACAGGAUGAUAUUGAAAGUCUGAUGCCAAUUGUGUACACACCAACAGUUGGUCUUGCCUGUUGUCAAUACGGACAUAUCUUUAGGAGACCUAAGGGAUUGUUUAUUUCAAUCUCAGACAGAGGUCAUGUUAGAUCAAUUGUGGAUAACUGGCCAGAAAAUCAUGUUAAGGCUGUUGUGGUGACUGAUGGAGAGAGAAUCCUGGGACUUGGAGAUUUGGGUGUCUAUGGAAUGGGGAUUCCAGUCGGGAAGCUUUGCUUGUAUACAGCAUGCGCAGGAAUCCAGCCUGAGAAAUGCCUGCCUGUGUGCAUCGAUGUAGGGACUGAUAACAUGGCUCUACUGAAAGACCCGUUUUAUAUGGGCUUGUAUCAGAAGCGAGACCGCUCCCAGCUCUAUGACGAUCUGAUGGAUGAGUUUAUGAAGGCGAUCACUGACAGAUAUGGCCGGAACACACUUAUUCAGUUUGAAGACUUUGGAAAUCAUAAUGCAUUCAGAUUCUUAAAAAAAUACCAGGAAAAAUACUGUACCUUCAAUGACGACAUUCAAGGGACUGCUGCAGUUGCCUUGUCUGGUCUCCUUGCGGCCCAAAGAGUGAUUAAUAAACCAAUCUCAGAACACAGAAUCUUAUUCCUCGGGGCAGGAGAGGCUGCACUUGGAAUUGCGAAGCUUAUAGUCAUAUCAAUGAUGGAAAGUGGUCUCUCAGAAGAGGAGGCACAGAGAAAGAUCUGGAUGUUCGACAAGAACGGCUUGCUAGUUAAGGGCCGGACUGCUAGAAUAGAUAGUAACCAGGAACCAUAUGCUCAUGCUGCCUCAGAGAACAUACCUGCAACCUUUGAAGAUGCAGUAAAUAAACUUAAGCCUUCAGUUAUAAUUGGAGUGGCAGGUGCUGGCCCGCUUUUUACUCCUGGCGUAAUUAAAGCCAUGGCCGCUAUCAACGAGAGGCCCAUAAUAUUUGCUUUAAGCAAUCCUACAGCACAGGCCGAGUGCACUGCCGAAGACGCUUACACACUUACAGAGGGCAGGUGCUUGUUUGCCAGUGGCAGCCCAUUUGAGCCGGUGAGACUCCAGGAUGGGCGUGUCUUCACCCCGGGCCAAGGGAACAAUGCAUACAUCUUCCCAGGUGUGGCUUUAGCUGUUAUUCUCUGUGAAGCCCGACACAUCAGUGACACCGUUUUCUUAGAAGCUGCAAAGGCACUGACAUCCCAAUUGACAGAUGAAGAGUUAGCCCAAGGGAGGCUUUACCCAUCACUUGCUAAUAUUCAGGAAGUUUCUGCUAACAUAGCUAUUAAAAUUGCAGAGUACCUGUACGCUAAUAAAAUGGCUUUCCGAUACCCAGAGCCCGAGGACAAGGCCAAAUAUGUGAAGGAAAGGAUAUGGCGGAGUAAUUAUGUUUCCCUGCUGCCAGAUGUGUAUGAUUGGCCAGAGUCGUCAUUGAAGCCUCCGCAGAUACCAGAAUAGAAGCUUUCCCUUUAAGACAUUCCGUGCUGCAGGGACAAAAAGAUAAUAUUCUCUGAGUUACUGUGUCCUCUGGUUUAUUCCUCCGUACUACUUUGCUUGGCAUUUUUCCUGUGAAUCUAGCUUUGGUUGGGGACAGACAUGCUGACUAUGCUGUGGUGCCCACAGUCCAGUACUGGGAAUGCUUCAUUCAGUUCAGUGGGUCUCCUCGUGUGCUCUGCUUUGAGCUCGCCACGGUAUUGUUGCUGUUACGUGAAUGUCUCUCUUCUUCCACUCAGUCCUCUAGCACUGUGCAUAUGAGUACAACGUGUUGAGAAGAAGCUAAGUGUUCACCAAAUCCCAAAGAAAAAGUUGUUAGCACUUAAAGCUGUUCUUUUUCUUUUCUUUCUUUUUUUUUUUUUUUUUUUUUUUUGGAGCUGGGGACCGAACCCAGGGCCUUGCGCUUGCUAGGCAAACGCUCUACCACUGAGCUAAAUCCCCCACCCCAAGCUGUUCUUUUCUAUAUACUUCAUUUCACUUUCUGCUCUGAAAUUCCUUUGUAGUAGACAGGUUUGGGGAAAUAGGAAAACAAAAAAAAAGAUCCCAGUUUCCUAGAACUAAAUCAGUGCUAACUGUAACAUUCUAGAAGAAUGGGAGGAGCCACUGCUGCCUUUAGACAGACUGAACAGCCAUCUGCAACAGUGUACAAACAAGUUUUACUAAUAAAACCAAUUCCUUACGUUUAAUUGCUUCAGUUACAUUAUCUUAUUGACCACACAGAAACUUAGGUUUGUUGGUUAUGACAAGAGUUUCAUCAUCUUCACUCAGUUAAGGGAGUAUCAUCUAUCUACCACGCAUGACUAAUGUCAUGUGAUUCGGAGAUGGUGCCUAAGGGGUUAACUACAGCCUAGGUCUUCCCCCUGUCAGUCACGUCCUUUACUGUGCAGUAAUUAGAGGAUCUCCUCACAUACAUUCCUUUGAAUAUUAGCAGUGAUGGCUUUCUCUGCUGAGAAUGCAAAAUAGAUUCCAAGAUUACUGGAGAUAAAUAAAGUAGAAUCAGACCAGGAAAUGCUUUUUGUAUUUUCAAGAUAGGAUCUUACUAUGUAGGCCUGGCUGUCCUGAAACUCACCCUGUAGACCAGAGUGGCCCAAAACUCACCGAGAUCUACCUGCCUCCAGAGUGCUGGGAUUGGGGACGUACACUACUACACCUGGCAGGAAAUUCCUUUUUUUUUUUUUUUAAAGAUUUAUUUAUUUCAUUUCUAUGAGUACAUUGUUAUUCUCUUCAGAUACACCAGAAGAGGGCAUCGGAUCCCAUUACAGAUGGUUGUGAGCCACCAUGUGGUUGCUGGGAAUUGAACUCAAGAGCAGUCAGUGCUCUUAACCUCUGAGCCAUCUCUCCAGCCCAGCCGAGGAAUUGCCAUCUUUAAUCCCAGGGCAAGCGCUGUAGAAAGACAUCAGUGUUCAUGAGUCACGUUCUCAAGAACUCUGAAGUAUUUGGAGAAAAUGGCAAUGGCUGUGGUAUUCACCUGUCUAGAUGCUUUGAGAGACAAAGUUUGUUUUUAUUUUGAGACUGUAGCAAGCUGGCCUGGAACUCACUACGUGUCUCUGGCUUGCUUCCACAUGCUGAGACCGUAGCUAUGAACUACCAUGUGCAGGGACAAGACUUAAACAUGCUUACCCUGGAACGAUGGCAGUACAAAGCAAUUCCAGGUCCAUACCACAGUGCAUGUUUUACACUCUGUAGGCAGAGGGGACCUUUUAUCCAUCUCCCUGCUUAAGAAGAUUGAUUCGAAAUUCUGAAGAUGUGUUCAGACUACUUAGUAUGCGCAGACCUUGGAUUCAGUGCACAGGGCCACCCCAAAAAGAGGCAGACUUGAAAUGGCAUUUCAAUUUUAAAUAUGGGUAAGCACGAUGGCUAAUUUAGCAUCAAUAGCCGUCUGCUUAGUAAAACAAUGACGCAAAUCGUAGUUUGAUUGAAAGGUGAAUAUGUACACAUGGUCUAGCACCAAGGCAGGAAAAUCUCAAGUUCAAAGCCAGACUGCCUACUAAAGAACUCACAAAAGGAAUGCAAGAUGGUUCAGUGGUUAAGGCCCUUGUCCUCAAGCCUUGACAUUUAAUCCCAGGACCUAGAUGGCGGACAGAAAACCAAUUUCCAUAAGUUAUUCUCUGACCGUCCCCACCCUCCACUUGCCACACACACACAUCAUAAAUAAAAGAACGAAAAUUAUGAGAAACGUUUAUUUUUUCAUGUUUUUGCUUUAUUCUGUAUAUGAAAUCUAAAUAGUGAGCAUUGCAAGUAUAAAAAUGUGUUACUGGUUUUUGGGGGGAUUUGUUUUUUGUUUUUUGUUCAGUUUGCUAAUGGUUAGGACAGAGGCUGAAUUGAAUUAAAGUAAUUUUACUAAGACGUUGCUUAUUGAAUGGUACAAUUCACAGCAGUCAGUUUUUAAGGAGAAGAUCGCAAGAUGAAAUAUAGCCUACUUAUAAAUAGCAUUUAGUAUGAAUUUAAAUGUUUAUUAUCUAUGACUCUGGGCAAUGGGAGACCUUGAUGGCAUCAAACUGGGUGUAUGUGGGGGGGAUCACUUGGGACUUCCAUGGGGAAUUUUGCCAAGCAAGAAGGUCGUUAUUUGAAGAGUGGUGCUGUGCUCUGCUGGGUGGAGGAACAGUUGUAGAUGGGUUUCCAGCAGUCGGGAGGAGAAGGCCCUACUUGUUUUCCACCGUGAAGUCAAGAGGGAAACGUGAAGGUGUAGUGGAUGCACAGAUGUUAAGCUCUCAGAGUGUCAUUGAACCAUUUCCAAGGGUGGCUUCCCCACCAGAAGGUUGCCUCAGAAUCACUGUGAGCCUCUUAAACGGAGGUACCCCCCUAAACGACCUCUGGUGGGGAGAGCCCUGGCAGGUCUAUUUCAGCAGCACCCCCAGGAUUCUGAUGUCCCCUUGUUCUUACCUAUUAACGCCUUGAUGUGGGACGGCAGAUAGUUAGACCAUGCUGCUGCUGGUACGGUUUCAGGGCAGAGUUCACUCUCUGGCAUUUCUUUGUUUUUUAUUAAAUUAUUUUUCAUAUAUUUUUAUUUCAUAUAUUUCUCAUCCUUCCAGAUCUCCCUACUCACACAACUUCACGUUCUUUCUCUAUGUCUCUGUCUCUUUCUCAACAGCAAAAAUGGAAACAAUGGAAUGUCAUUAGGGCAGCCCCCAUGUCUAGGAGUGGUUGGCCAAACACCAACACAUCCCAUGGCUUUUGUCUGGGCAUGUGCUUUUUGUUUGGGUUUCGGGGGUUUUGCUGGUGGUGGUGGUUUUGUUGAGGGAUGGUUUGCUUUUCGUUUUCAUCUUAUGGGUUGGUUGUUGAGGUCUCACAUGUCCAAUGAUCUCUUGGUGGCACCCACGCUGUCGGUGCAGGUGCAGAACUGAGCACGUCGCAUGCACAUUUAAAUCUAGUGCUCAGAAACUGUGCUCCAGUUUAUGUGAAAAGGGUCAACUGAAAUUACAUGAAAUGGCCUUCAUCUAAUUAUAUAGGAUAUUAAGUUAAUAAGGAAACUUUAGACAUAAUUUUCUGAAAACAUAAUCUAGAAUACUUUAUUAAGCUCAUAAGAUCUAGUGACCAGGCUUGCUUGCUUGCUUUUGUAAGAGUAGCCACCCAAUGUCUAUUUGUGGGGCAGUUUUCUCCAUUUUCUGAGGAAGGACUUACUGAUUUUUCUCUAAAUUAUCAGCUUCUGAAGAGAUUUUGCAGUUACCAGUGGAUUCAGACUGCAGUUUUAAGGGGUGCAGAGAGACAGUGCAGGGAGCCUGGCCUUGGAGGAAGCACAAAUAGGUCACUGGAGUGUCAGAGUUCUCAAGUUCACCUAAACAAAAUCAGCCCCAAAGAGCGUUCACCGUCCUAGAGGACAUUAAUACAGAUCUCAGAGCUCCUUACUGGAGUUCUGUGUCCAGAGAAAUCCUCCGUGGACUAGCAGCGGCAUCCUAUUUCCAUUCAAGACGUACUCCAGUGCAGACAUGUUGCUGACUGCACACGCGAGACAGGUCUCAGCCACUGUGACUUGCACUUCUACACAAUGUUAAAAUGAAACCCACUGACCAGUUGUGCUGUGUGCCUCUAGUCCCAGCGCUCGACAGGUAGAAGCAGGAGGAUCAGGGGUUAAAGGCUAUAUAUGGAGAUCAAGUAUAUGUAUAUGGAGCUUCAACUGUAUAUGGAGAUCAAGGCUAGCCUGGGCUAUAGGAGACCCUGCCUCAAAAAAAAAAAAAAAAAAAAAAAACAAAAAAACCAAAAA